AUGUAUGUUCAAAUUCCAAGAUUGCCAAAGAAAUCAAGUGUUUCAGUUUUGCCUCCACAAAAGGGUGAAACUGAUUCUUCAAUAGGCACAGCGAACCACUUCUUUGCUGUUCCCAGGGUGGGCUUGCAGGCCAGAUCUAAAUACCCUGCAGGCCAGCUCCUAGGCCUUGAGUUUGACACCACUGAUCUGAAAAUGCCUCAUUUGACAGAUUGCUCUUGCUAUCAGGUUCAAGCCCAUCUGGAAAAUCCAAUGAGGUAUCACAUUCAGCAAAUUCCACAGCAUCAAGUGAAACCAUUCCUGACACUGGAUACCAAGUUAUCUAACCAACCUCAAUCACUGCCUAAUUCCCAAUCUGUAUCUUCUUCAGGAUCUACACCUAUAGUAAAGAGUGGUCAUGUGCCACCUACUAGCAAUAUCAGCAUUCCUGAAAGUCCAGUAACCAAGAUACUAACUCUUGGAGGAGAAAAUGGGAUGGAAGACGUUAUUGAUGAUAUAAUCAACAUGGAAUCAAAUUUUAAUGAUGAAGGGAUAUGUCGGAUUGAAACACCACUGCCGAUACCAAGAGUGCAUUCAAGUAGCAUUCUGGAUAUAUACAACAGUGACCAAGGAGUGACAGCUGCCAGUAUGGGUCUUACCAAUUCUUCCUAUCCUUCUAAUUUGCCAGUUAAAAGGGAACUCAUAGAUACACACAGAAUCACAAAAGAGAGAGUGAAAAAGGACAAUCACAAUCUCAGUAUGGCCCAGAUUUUAAAAAUACAGGAGCUAGAAAUGCAAGCACGUGCCCAUGGACUACCAAUCAUGUCUUCAGUCAGUGUGGUUGACUUAACAUCCAGGGUCAUGAGACAACUGGCAUAUCCGGAAGAGAAUUCAAUAGACUACAUUCAACAUCUAGCCACGGCUCAUGAGCAACACGCUGAUCUACAUGACCCAGCUGCGGCCUUUUCUGAUCCACUCUCCCAUUUUACAGACUUGUCUUUUAGUGCUGCCUUAAAAGAACAGAGACUAGAAGAAAUACUACUAGAUGAUACAAUAUCGCCACUUGGGAUAGACCCUCUAUUAUCUUCUAUGUCUCCUGCUGUAACUAAAGGAAGCAGCCGAAGGAGCAGUUGCAGUUCAGGUGAUAGUGAUGAUAUAUAA